GUUUUGUAUCUAGGCUGGAGCCGGAGGAGGAGAAUGGCUGCGCAGGGUGACGUGGCCAAGUUUUUACAAGCACAAAAUGGAAUUCCUUCACCUAGUCCUGUUAGCGGCGGGAUGGACCCUAAUCACGCCUGCAGUAUUCUCCAGCAGCUUAAGACGAUGUACGAUGAAGGCCAACUGACGGAUAUUGUCGUGCAAGUGGAUCACGGGAAGAACUUCUCUUGUCAUAGAAAUGUCCUUGCGGCAAUCAGUCCUUACUUCAGAUCCAUGUUCACUAGUGGCCUUACGGAGAGCACCCAGAAGGAGGUUCGGAUAGUGGGAAUCGAAGCGGAGUCCAUGGAGCUGGUACUGAACUACGCUUACACAUCCAGAGUCCAGCUUACCGAAGCCAACGUGCAGGCUUUAUUCACGGCAGCUAGCAUCUUCCAGAUCCCUUCCCUCCAGGAUCAGUGUGCGCAGUAUAUGAUCAGCCGCCUGGACCCGCAGAACUGCAUCGGGGUAUUUAUUUUCGCGGAUCACUACGACCAUCAGGAACUUAAAGAUAAAUCUCAAGACUACAUUAGGAAAAAAAUUCUGUACGUCACCAAAGAGCAAGAGUUCCUGCAUCUGAGGAAAGACCAACUCAUAAGUAUUUUGAACAGCGACGACUUAGAUGUGGACAAAGAGGAACAUGUUUACGACAGCAUAAUAUGUUGGUUUAAUCACGACCAGGCAGAGAGGGAAGGGCACCUUCCGGAAAUAUUUGCCAAAUGUAUCCGCAUGCCUCUUAUGGAAGAAACGUUUGUCGAAAAGAUCCCACCCAUGUUUGCGCAGGCAAUGCCCAAAAACCACGUCCAAAAGGGAAAGAUCAGUGCCAAUUACUGCACUCAGCGACUUGGGAUGACUGCUUCCGAAAUGAUCAUAUGCUUCGAGGCAGCCAGCAAACACUCAGGAAAGAAGCAAACUGUGCCUUGUCUGGACACUUUCACGGGAAAAGUUUAUAAACUAUGCAAACCGCCUGGCGACUUGAGAGAGGUCGGCAUCCUCGUGACGCCAGAUAAUGAAAUUUACAUUGCGGGGGGUUACAGGCCAAGCAACAAUGACGUCUGCAUAGACCACAGGGCGGAAAGUGACUUUUGGUUCUAUGACCACUCGAGCAAUAGGUGGAUUUCGAAAGCGCCUUUACUCCGAGCGAGGAUAGGCUGCAAACUGGUUCAUUGCUGCGGUAAACAGUAUGCCAUAGGCGGCCGCGUCUAUGAGGGUGACGGGAGGAAUCCGCUAAAGUCAGUCGAGUGCUACGACAGCAGAGAUAACUGCUGGACGGCUGUAAGCCUAAUGCCCGUUGCGAUGGAGUUUCAUAGCGCGGUGGAAUAUAAAGAUAAGAUCUACAUUCUACAGGGAGAUGUUUUUCUGUGCUAUGAUCCUCAGCGAGACUACUGGUGUCACCUAACCCCAAUGACCGUGCCUAGACUCCAAGGAAUGGCAGCUGUAUACAAAGACUCGAUCUACUACAUAGCCGGGAUCCGCUGUAAUCAUCGCGUGCUUACCGUCGAGGCCUACGACAUCGAACAAAACCGCUGGACUCGAAAGAAAGAUCUUCCAUGCGAACAGUCUUCGAAUCCUUACAUCAAACUCUUGGUCCUCAAAAACAAACUUCACCUGUUCGUGCGGGCGACCCAGGUCAGCGUCGAGGAGUUUGUUUUCCGCACCAGCCGGAAGAAUUCUCUGUAUCAGUACGACGAGGUCGCCGACGGCUGGAAGAAGGUCUACGAGACUCCGGAGAGAUUGUGGGAUCUCGGCCGUCACUUUGAAUGCGCGGUUGCUAAACUCUAUCCCCAGUGUCUUCAGAAAGUCUUGUAGCGUCCGUCAGCAAACUGCCUUAUUGAGCUGAUAAUGUCUUGUUUUUGGGUGUUUUUCGUUUUUUGCGGAGGAAAAAACUUGUCAGUAUUUUUAAUGGCUUUUUUUCUUGUCUGUUUUACAAAGUGGACAGUUCCUUGUUCUUGUAGAUGGGUGCUUCUUAAAGGUUGUAGUUUGAGGCUUGGUAAAAAGAUGCAACUACAUUUAAGUUCCUCAUCACAAUUUAUAUAUUUUUUUUUUUUAUUUUUUUUUGGUCCGUGAAUUCUAAGUUUACAAAGUGCAAUUAUCAGCGUUCUUUUUACUCCAUGGGUUAUGUGUAAACCACGCAAUUCUGUUUUUGUAGGUAGGAAAUGUUUCAAAUAAGUUAUUGAUUUGCUUUGGAGGAUACAUGAUAUCUAUGCACUACAGCA